GUGUGUGUGUCACGGCUACAAACUCUGUCCCACAGAGCUCUUGGAGGGAUUUCUGCUGUGCCCUUUCUGUUUGUGCUGCUCAGCUCUCAUCCCUGAACUCGAAAUCUUCCUGGCAAAGGAUAAUCUCCAGGGUAUUCUAUAUAAAGAAACUGAGUUCACUGCCAGCGCAGUUCAUUUUGUAAAGGAUUGUGUAGUGAACUGAGAGAAAUCGCCCAGGGAUCUUUUUCCUUAGAGAGAACAAAGCUUUCCAGCUUGUAAAGGAAUCUCAUUCUGAUUUGGCACACAGUUCCACAAGGAUGGCUUCCUUGUCCUGGAGCACUUUUUCAGCGCAGAGGAAUGUGACAGCAUGAGGAGUCGGAUCCAGAAAAUCGUCGCGGAGAUGGAAGUGCCGCCGCACUGCCGCACCGAGUUCUCCACCAGGGAGGAGGAGCAGCUCCAGGCGCAGGGUAGCUCGGAUUAUUUCUUAACCAGUGGAGACAAGAUUAGAUUCUUCUUUGAGAAAGGUGUUUUGGAUGAGAAAGGUAACUUUCUGAUUCCGAAGGAGAAGUCUGUCAGCAAGAUUGGCCAUGCUCUACACGCUUACGAUCCUGUCUUCAAGCAAAUCACCCACUCCCCCAAGGUGCAGGAACUGGGAAGAAAACUAGGCCUUGAGAGACCAGUAGUUGUGCAGAGCAUGUAUAUCUUCAAGCAACCUGGCAUUGGCGGUGAAGUGACACCACACCAGGAUGCCACCUUCCUGCACACGGAGCCUCUGGGCAGGAUCCUGGGGUUCUGGAUCGCCCUGGAAGAUGCCACACAGGAGAAUGGCUGUUUGUGGUUCAUCCCUGGCUCUCACACCAAUGGGAUUACCCGGAGGAUGGUCCGUGCAGCUUCGGGUGCCUCCACAUGCGUCGAGUUCGUAGGCUCAGAGCCAGCCUAUGAUGACGAGCAGUUCAUACCUCUGCCUAUAAGUAAAGGUGGACUCAUCCUCAUCCAUGGCGAGGUUGUCCAUAAGAGUGAACUCAACAGCUCGGAGUCUUCUCGCCACGUGUUCACCUUCCACGUGAUGGAAGCCAAAGGCACCACCUGGAGCAAAGAGAACUGGCUCCAGCCAACUCCUGAACUGCCUUUUCCAUCGCUCUACACUUGAAGUUAGUGACUGGCUUGUGGAGUCAACAGCUGACCAAUAUUCCUUUCUGAUUGUUCAUUCCUGGUCUCUUUAAAAACAACCUUCACUAGAUCAGCUCUCAGUGGUCAUUUAUCCUCCUCCUCCAGACCAGGACCUGCAGUAGACAGAAGCUUCUACUGCAGCAGCAGCCUUGCCAGGAUGAGAGUAGUCACCAGUCCUUUUGGUAAGGAAACACCUUCAGUCUUGAAAACAAACCAAUUAAGACCAUUGCACCUUGAUUGGGACCACUUACCAAGUAUUUCUCCUUGCAGAUACUCAGUAUUUCCUCGUGUUUAAGAGCUUAAGUGCAUUUCUUGGCUGGUUGACUCCAGAAAUGCAGGUGAACAUGUUGUGGGGAGAAGUUUGAUUUUUCUCCCCCAGGUUUCUGUCUUAUUGUUUGAAUAGCAGUGAUUUAAAACAAUCCUGUUGUGGGUAAAAUGAAGCAGGAAGUCUGCUUUUUAUAGUCCAUCUUCUAAAUAUUCCUGGCAGAGAGUAGCUGAGUGUUUUAUCUCUGGGUGUGAUUAAAAAUAAAAUUUUUAAAGAUUGAUGUUGAAAUGAUGGAAACAAAGAACCUCAAUCAAACUCUUUACACUUAAAUAAAAAGAUGGAGAUGAAAAGGAGAAUUUCUAUCAUCUUUUCUUUGAGGAAGACACAGUGUGACCUUCUCCCAACAGACGGGGACACUGCUAAAUUGUCUGGUGAGCAGCUGCAACUCUCAAUAUGCACAAGAACAAUUUCUAUCCCCAAAAUCUCACCAAACCCAAAGCAACUUUUAUAGCAAGGAAUGUUUGGAAAUGCAAGCUACACCCCAGGCAAGCUCCAGUCUGUAACCUGAACUGAACAGAAGCUGUGUAGGUGUGAUUUCACCAGCACUGGCAACCCAGAGACAGGAGCCCAGGGUCACCAAUGCAGGAGUUAUCAGAGUAACCAUAAGGCUGCUGAGGGCUGUGGCAGAGUGGACCCAAAUCUUACUGACUUACGCCUUUCAAAAGUAAAUUGGGGAGCUGUGUCAGGGCAACAGCAGCAACGUUUAAUGCAGUUUCUGCAUUCAAAAACUGCCUUUUCUACAGUUUGAAAGUUGGAAGCAGGGUGGAAGGAAAGCAGAUUUCUCUACCUCCAGAGGUCACCAUGAUGUCAAUGGUGAAAGCUGUGGCUUGGAACAGAAGCAACUCAAGUUCUGUCUGUGUCUUUCCAUGAGAGAAGUUCAUAAUUUAGAAUUCUGCUGAGGAGGGAUAAUUUGUCCUGACUUGCACCACUACCUGCAGUGUGCAAAACCAUCUACUGCAAGUGCAUAAAUAAAAAAAAGCUGUAUUGAUUGGCACGAUUUCCUGUUAAAUGCAAAGGAAACAGCCCAGCAGUUACUGACUUUGGUUUCCUACAGAGUAUCUGACAAUUUACGGUGUCAGUAACCAGCUCUGGCAUCCUCAGGAAAAGCAGCACCAAAUCCCAGGAGCCCUUCCCAGGCAGGGGGAUGAAUUGGGCAAUGCUGCUUCUCAGCCAUUCCAGUCACACACAAUAUUGGAUUCUGGAGCCAAUUCUGCUGACCCAGGGACUGGUUUCACUCCACCCCUCGUCUUAUGCUCCCUCCCAAGGCAUGGUCUCAGAGCUAGAGAUCUGCAGGACAGUGUUGUGUAAGUUGGACUUCCCCCAAACUGUUCCCAAAAGUGAAUUAAAAAGGGCCAGAAGUGAACUUCUUGAUGCAAAGUAGAAUCCUGGAAUGACAAUCUCCUGCUUGGACACAUCCCUGGAGACAGGAAGGACACUUUUUUGUUCUAAUGGACACUGGGCAAACUGGUGAGAAGAGACUGUUGAGACAGAAAGGGUUUCAUACCUAGAAGUUAUUUUUUUGGCCACAAAAUUGUAGCUGUAAUUUUAAUUAAAUGGAUGGACGUCAGUAACUUUAGUCAAUUUGUUGACAGAAGCAUUUUUAUAAACUGUUUGAUUAAACAUCUGGCUGAAAAAAUGUGAAAAGUAGGACAGUGUAAGAGAAAAUUUUAUUGACUUCAACAGAUUUUCUGCUUUCAAGAUUAAUGUGUAAUUAGUUUUAGCUGUGACUUUGCUUUAUUUUCCCCCCCCAUAUUCAUUCUCCAUUAAUUUAGAGAUUAAAUCUUGAGAAAGAGAAAACAUUUUUCUGUCUGAAGCAAAACUUCAGU